AUGAAAUACUUGUUUAGAAUUAAAACUGAUGAAUAUUUUAUAAUUUUUUUUCAAGGUAUUCAAGCUGAAGCUAAGUCAUUAACAGAUGAACCAUCAUUAUCACGUCCUCGAAAACCACCUUCAAGAUUUACUGAUUAUUUACCAACACCAAUACGUUUUGAAACAAUAUAUGAUUUUUAUCAUCAUCAAUAUUUUGAAGUUAUUAAUAUAAUUAAUAAUGCACUUGAUUAA